AUGGAUCCAAUAUAUGGCCAAGACGCAUUACUAUCCUAUGACAUUGAUUUUGCUGAAUUAGGUAUUCGUCCGUUGCCUUUGCCUGACGACAAUAAAGAACUUGAUGAUUCAAGUAUUGGUUGUUUUGGAACGGAGAAAACGGUUGAUUUUAAUGUUUAUUCAGCUGAAAUACAAAUUGCCAUUGAUGGGAAAAAAAUCACCACUAAUGAAGAUGAUUCAUCGAUGCUGGAUGAUGAAGAUUCCAGCGAAUUUGAUAUAGAUCCUGAAACUGGUGAGAAAAUCUUUCGUGAAUCGGCGGCGUCGACAUCGAACAGUUAUUCGUCGACGUCACAAGAUAAAUGGAUCGAAGAAUUUUUAUCUAAAUUCGAAGCAUCAACUCAUCCAUUUUCACCAAAUAAAGCAACAACAGCGGACGAUAGUGCUUUACUUUUCGAGAAUAUAACCGGUUCAUUCUUGGAAAAUUUCGACGAAGAAACUGACCCAACUUGGCUGUCAAGUGUUUUUGACCUUGAGGAAAAUAGCGAGCAGAACAUGUUUGCUAAUCCAAUAAUUCCAAAUCAAUCGAUUGAUAAUAAUGAAAAUACAGUCAAUGAAAUAACAAUAUCAUCAAACGAAUCUACAUCAAUGAAUCCUUUCAGUAUUUUCAACGACGAUGAAUAUUCAAACUACAGUGAAAUAACAUUCGAUGAUACAAAAUCAGAAAGGGCGGAAGCUGAUGGAGAUUCACUGCGACGUAUUACAUUAAGACGAGCAAGUAUUCGCUCGAAUAAUCAACGACAAUUAGACGAAGAGGCUUUAAAUCAACAUAACAUUCCUCUUACUGUAAACGAUAUAACUCAUUCGAAUACAGACGAAUAUAAUCGUCAUAUCGCACGCUUGAGUUAUUUAAAUACGGAACAAAUGAAUAUUAUUAAAGAUAUUCGUCGUCGUGGAAAAAAUAAGAUUGCGGCACAAAAUUGCCGAAAACGAAAAGCAACUAGUGUUGAAUCCUUGGGCGAAGAAGUUGAAGCACUUAAACGUGUUAAACAUGAAUUAGAAGAACGAAAGAAAGCAAUUCUACAGCAGAUCACCGAAACCCGUAAUCAAUAUGAAUAUCUCCAUCAACAAGUUUUACCAGAUCGUCAAUUGCCGCCUGCAAUUACUGUUAAAUAA